AUGUUACUCCUGAAAUGCAAUCAUUUUUUCAAGCUGCAAUCAUUCAAAACGCUUCAAUGCCAAUACCUUUUAGGAAAAAAAAUUUCUUCUAUUAAGUAUCAUGUGAUAUUAUUAAAUUUAUAUAGAACCUAUGCAGAAUAUGUCACGUCUGGCAUACUCCUUGAUGAGCAACUCAAUUGUAGCUACACAGAUAUUUCUUGUUUUCGUGCAGCAUCCUAUCAACAGAUAGCUGCUGCUCAAAAAGUUGUUAAUACAUUGUUAAAAUCAUUGAAAAUUCUACUAAUUUUUUUUGAGCCAUGGGUACCUACCAUUGACAACUUAAUUGUACACGGUCAAGCUGUUGAUACUAUUAAAAAUGUAUCAUUUCCAUUAAAACCACUUAUCAUUGGUACAUUAACUGAAGAAGCUGUUCUCUACAUUUAUGAAGAUUGGCACAAACCGGUGUAUUCUACGCAAUAUACAGAAAUUACUGUGGCUACCUUUAACCGGCGUGCAUUGAAAGUUCUCGAACGUUUUCCACCUGUGGGAACUAGAGACCAGCGUCUGUUAUUAGUUAGUGUUGGUACUCAUUGGAUGUUUGCUUGUUCUACUCGUGUAUUUGCUCGAAAAGCAGCUACUUACACAUAUGUAUUCGGAUAUCCACUUGAUUUUGAUGGUUGGGAUAAUUUAACUUUGUGCAAUGAUUAUGUUUGUCAUGGUAGUAAAUUAUCAUACGUAUUCGAGUCUGCUUUGGUCAAUUUUACUGAUGCAGGACGACAAUUAACAACAAAUAUAGUCACUUCUUGGACGAAUUUUGGUAAAAUACACGAUCCUAAUCAACCAGUAAUACCAUCAUUGUUAUAG